GACAUAGUUUUCAAGUACUCUGUCAUAUAAUACUGACAUUUAGUUGUCAAUUAUUGUCAAAAUUGAUUUAUUUACCUGGGAUUUACGACUUUUACUUGCAUUGUUUCACUUUCCUGCUAUAUUUUAUAAUUAAUUUCUGAAAAUGAAAAAUUUUCUAUGUCAUAAACAUAACACAUUAUGCAUUUAGAUGUUAUUGUGAGUAAAUUGAAAUAUUAAAAUGAGCGCUAUAAAGGGCAAAGGCCCAAUAUACGACCCCGGCUUGUGUCGAUGUUGUGGCACCAUGAAGAGGUGUCGUGUACUCAACUUGGAGUAUGAGAGUAACGGCAAAAAGGAAGUGUAUUCUGACAUGAUGAUGGACUGCUUCGGGUUAUUGUUGUCCCAUUUAGAUGGGAAGCCAUCUGAGAGGUUGGUGUGUGCCACAUGUGUACUGCGGCUGCGGGAGGCACUCAGUUUUCGUCAGCAAGUUCUACAAUGCGAGGAGGCUUUCCUGCAAAUGAGGAUGUAUGAUGCUGAGAAUGAAGAUCGUCGAAUGGACGACUCAGUAGUAUGUAUACCCAAAGUGGAGGUGGACGCGGUGAAGACAGAACCCCAGGAGCGGAACAGCGAUACAGCUUCCGUGAGUGGGGACGCACUAGCGGACGCCGCCGCCGACUAUCAAGAUGACGAAUUGGUCAAGUCAGAAACGUGCAAUGAGGACACCAACUCGGACGAUAUGCCGCUGUCUCACCAGCGGUGCGCUAAGAAGAGUACGGGUGGCUUGAAGAGGUUGGAACUGAAGCGGCCGAAUGGCGUGCGACCUUCGCCCCUGAUGAUGAAGAAGUUGCCGAUGUCCAAACUGCAGCAGAUGAUGCGUGAGCGCGACCCCGCCUACAUCAGGGAGACCAACAUCCUGACUAUAGUGGAGUUCUCGUACGUGUGCCCCUUCAAAUGCCGUCACAACCACCUCCUGUGCUACUACUGCGGCCAGAACUUCCAGGAUCCCCUCCUUCUGCGCGAGCACACAGAGAACGCGCACCAUCCGAAGAAGUUCAAAGUGACAGAGACGAAGAACGUGAUAAAGCUCGACUUGACAAGGAUCGAUUGUCGAUUGUGCGGCGCGUCAAUCGACAAUCUGGAGGAUUUCAAGAAGCACAUCACUAGUGUGCACAGAAAGAAGUAUUAUUACAACCAUAAAGAUUCGAUACUGCCGUUCCGUUUAACGAAACACGAAAUGAAGUGUGCCCUAUGUGACGUUCUGUUCCCUUAUUUCCACGCGUUAAACAAACAUAUGAACGAACAUUUCAGUAAUUAUGUAUGUGAAACAUGCGGUUUGGGCUUCGUGGACAAAGCCAGGUUCGUGAUGCACCAGCAGCGUCACGACGUUGGCGAUUUCCCGUGCGAGACCUGCGGGAAGAUAUUCAAAGCGCAGUACAACAGGGACCUACAUAUAGACAGGGUACACAACAAGAGGGGCAGGGUAUAUUGCCCUAAGUGCGACAUGAAGCUGAUGUCGUACCCGCAGAAGCUGAAGCACCUGGUGGAAGUGCAUGGGGAGGAGCCUCUGAGUUUCCCGUGCAGCAUGUGCGACAAAGUAUGCGACACGCGUCGCACGCUGACCAUACACCGGCGGAAGGACCACCUGAAGGAUUACAGAUACGAAUGCCAGUGUUGUGGCCAGAAGUUCUUCACGCGUUUCGCCUUGAAUAACCACAUGCCCACACACACGGGCGAGAGAAAUUACAAGUGUAAAGUGUGCGAGAAGUCGUACCCCAGGCUCAAGACCCUGAAGGACCAUAUGAGGAUACACACAAACGAUCGGAGAUACAGAUGUCACAUUUGCGGCCAGGCGUUCAUACAGAAUUGUAGUUUGAAAGGCCAUAUGAAGAGUCAGCAUCCAGAGUAUGGAUAAGAUUAACGUAUCUGUUUAGACAUAUAAAAUCGUAUUGUGGUAUUUUUAUUAUAGAAAUUUUAAUAUAAAUUAAUUAUUUCUAGAUCUCGAUUUGAAAUAAUGUGGUUGAUUACGGGGCGCCAUUUCUCUAAAUAUAUAUAUAUAUAUAUAUUAUAUCGUCAUAGUCGUAGAAUACUGACGGAUCUUUAUAUGUAAUCUUUGUCAGAUCCGUCAGUAUUCUACGACUAUGACGAUAUAUUUAUUAUAUUUAUAUUAUUAUUUUAUAAUUUUAUAUUUAAAAGUAUAGUUGGUAACCCUAAUCGGUAUUCGCGAGCGGGGCACCAGUGAAGGACGAUGGGUGAGGAUGAAGAAAAUCAGUUGGUGAUUUUAAUAGUAAAUCUAUCACGAUGGUUUCCAGGAGGAACUGCGUGGAGGUCGAUCUGAUAGAGUAGGGUAUAUUAUUCAACAACAAGCCCUUCUAUCCAAUAUUAGGUUAAGUUAGAGGAUUGGCGCCUCAGAAUUGGCUCCAAUGAAAGCUUUUUUUUUCUCUAACACAUUACCAAAAUAGAGUAAAACAAUAAAAAAAAAACUAUACCUACUCUGCGUGUUAAUACAGUAACGGUAACUUCGACUUGCGAACUACAAAUUAUUUGAUCAUGAAGAAAAAAAAAAUUCAUGACUUACGGAUUCAGGAAAACAUUUGAAAAGUUAUGUAUAAUGAUUAUAUUAGAUUAACUUCGACUUUAAAAAUCUCGCUCAACAUAAUUUUGUUUUUAGUAAAAAAAAAACGUCCAAAUUGUCAAGUGUCACACGCAUCGUGUUAGGAUUUUAAUAAAUACAUUUUUCUCAAACAUGCUUGGAAAUGCGAGCAUUAUUUUGACAAUCUUCUUCGAGAUAAAUCAAUAUUGCCGUACUGUCCAGAUACAUGCGGGCAGCUGCUGGCAAAAGUUGUAUGAAAAUCCAUAUCUGUCGUGUUUGGCGGCCAGAUACAUCUGUCCUGUAAUUUAAAAAUGAAAUAAUCUUUUACUUCUAAACAUGGCUACCAAGGAGGUAACUAAUAAAAGGGUUUAUUUAAAUUUCGAACUGGCUUGCAAAUAGAAAGCUGUUUAUUGAAAAAAAAAACAAAGGAAUAUUAUGGCGCGUAAAAAAAUAUUAUUAUUCGUUAUUCGUCAUUGAACUUAAAAAGUAAAAUUGUGUUUUUGAUUUCCACGCAUUGUUUGAGAAAAGUACUAUACAAGCCUUGGCAACAACUAGGCAUUGAUGGACUCAUGUAUGUGUGCCUCGGCAACGCCUCGGCCCACAUCUGCACGUUCGUCCAUCAAUGCCUCAGUCGCUGGCCAAUGUACUAUAAUAUAUUAACUUUUCAACUGACUUCAAAAAGAAGAGAGUUCUCGUUUCGGUUGUAUUUUUUUUUUGUUUAUGUUUGUGAGCUCAUAACUCCGCCAGUUGUGAACCGAUUUGGAAAAUUCUUUUUUUUAUCUGAAAGGAUAUACUUACAGAUUGGAUUCAUAGACAGAAUUUUAUCAAAAUCGGCUUAGUACUUUAGGUUUAAAGUAAAAUUAACUACAAUUUAUUUUAUUUUAUUUAAUAUUUUCAAAUUUAUUAUAUAAAACAAUUUUAAUUAUAGACUUUUGCAUUGCAUGGUUUAUGGUUUAUAAGGGACGGGAAUUAUGGCCAUUAUUUAGGUAUUUUCUUUUUACAAUUUACCUGAGUUAUGUCGACGUGUCGACCAUGUCACAUUGGUCAUGGCCAUGGUCACAUUUAGCAUAUUUCCUUUGCUGCUCAGUAUUAAAAAAAAAAUCCAUGCGUUGAAAAUGGCUCACGACUUAUAUAAUUUUGAAUUUAUACAAUAAUUAAAUACUCAUCUAAUGUAUAUAAUGUUUUAUAUUAUAUAAAUAAAUUAUUUAUAUUACACUAAAUAUAACUAAUGUAUAAGAAUUAUUAAAUUACAUUGAGACA